GCAUACUUCAUCACCAAAACUAACUUAAACUUGUUUUAAAACAUUCUAGUUCAAACUUCAAUUCCAAUUGAUUACUAGCUUGCUCAAUCUAAGUCAAAUCAUCACAAAUUAAGUUCGGUUAUAAAUAGUAAUGGCAAUGUCUAUGCAAGUUCAAGCCCUUCUUUCCAACUCUGUUGGUGCCUUCUCUACUGGCAGCUCCAAGGCGUAUCCAGUUGGGUUCAAUCCUCGUAUAGCUAAACGCGUCAAUUUCGGAGUGAAGUGUAUGGCGGAGGAGAAGGUUGGAGGUGAACCAAAGCUCGACUCCGGUUUACCAAAGCCAAACCCCACUGUAUUGUCUUCACCCACCUCGAUCCCAACACCUAGACCACAACCAAAGAAGGUCAGCACAAACUUCACAGACUUGUUUGCCUUUAGCGGCCCUGCACCGGAAAGGAUCAACGGCCGCCUAGCCAUGAUCGGGUUCGUGGCCGCAAUAGCCGUAGAGCUAUCUAACGGCACUGACCUAUUUUCUCAAAUAUCCGGCAGUGGAUCACAAUGGUUCCUCGGAACAAGCAUCCUUUUUUCGGCAGCAUCAUUGGUGCCAUUGCUCCAAGGAAGCCGACCAGAAGCUAAAACUGAAGGGUUAAUGAAUGCCAACGCCGAGCUAUGGAAUGGUAGGAUUGCUAUGUUAGGCCUUGUAGCCUUGGCUUUCACUGAGUUUGUUACCGGUAGUGCGCUUGUUUAAGCACAAUUUUGAUAUUGUUGGUUUUAGAAGACUUGUUCAAAGUUUUGAUAUUAUUGUAAAUAUGGGAUGUUUAUAAAUGAUAACUAUGUUUUAAUCAGGAA